CUAUCGAUAAGCCUCUACUUCGAUUUCACGGCUGUUUCAACAGCUGAAAAACGUUUAAAAAGACAAAACUUGACAAGAUGAGUGGGAAGCUGCUGAUGAAUGCGCUUCGGGCCCUCCGGAUGGGCCACAGCAGCCAGUGGCAAGUUCCGGCGGCCACAAACAGAAUCCCAGUUCGUCACUACGCCUCUCCACCCAAGCGAUUCUACAAGAAGACUUCCGUGCUAACCGGCGAUGGGGGCUAUGAGGUGGUGCUGGACCACCGGAAACUAAAGACGCCCAAGGGAGCACCCUUUGUCGUGCGCAGCGAACCUCUGGCCAUUGCGGUGGCCACGGAAUUCGACGCCCAGAAGGAGCACAUCGAGCGGUCCCGGAUGCACCUGUCCGCCCUCUGCUUCACGGCCAUCGACAAUCCCAAUCACCUCUCCAAGCUGGACAUGGUCAACUACCUGCUCAACUACAUUGCCACCGACACGGUGCUUUACCAAUACGAUGACGAGAAGGCCCUGCACGAUCUGCAGAUCAACGAGUGGGACCCGGUUAUCGAAUGGUUUAACCAGCGCUUCGAGAUCAACCUGCAGAAGACCAUGAGCAUCAUGCCGCCACAGGUCAGCGAGCAGGAUAAGAUGAAGGUCGCCAAGCACUUUCAGUCCUACAGCCUGGAAACACUGCAUGGUUUCAUCUUCGCAGUAGACACCUUGAAGUCGAUUGUCCUGGCCUGCGCCGUUAUCGAGCAAAUGCUAACCGUGGAGAAGGCCGUGGCCCUGGCUCGCUUGGAGGAGGAGUACCAGAUGAAGUUCUGGGGCCGCGUGGAGUGGGCCCACGAUCUAAGUCAACAGGAGCUGCAGGCACGUCUGGCUGCUGCCGUGCUCUUCGUACACUUUAACUGUUCGGAAAACUGUGUUAAACAUAAGUCGAUUCUUUAAAUGCAUAGUCUUUGUUAAAAAUA